UGAGAGUGAUUUAUAUGACAAGAGGUUAGAGACAUGGCAAAGAAUGGGGUUGUACACACAUUUGCAUCUCUACCUGAGUGUUGUAGAUCCUCCAUGCCACUAGUCCUGAUGCAUCUAUUUACCAGAAGUAAUAGAAACAGCCUUUUUCUUAAAAAUUAGGAGAUAUUAUUUUUCUUCUCAAUUAUGUGACAUCAUAGUAAACAAAAAAAUGACCCAACUGCAUGUUGCACAACUGCAACAGAUGUAAGAAAUCUUUUCUUGUUUCAAAUGGAUUUUAGGGCAGCAAAUAAUAAAUAACUGCUAAUUAUUCAUAAUCAUUUUACUUUGAGAAAAUUUGGCUUUACUUUUUCAGUGUAUCUCCAGUAACUGCUUGAAUACAAACUGAAACAAUCUCCAGCCAACUUGAACAGAAGCUGUUAAAUCCGUAAAUAUUUUUAAGCUGAUCCAUUUUUUACUGAAAUUAAUUCCAGUGAGGAUGACAUCAAGCACUUUCUGGAAGCAGCCCAUGCAAAUGAACUGAUCGUUAUUCCACUUGUACAGACAUUUGGCCAUCUGGAGGUAAUGUUAUGUCCUCAGUUGUCGUCAAAGUCUAGACAAACCCUUCCUCUCCUGGUAGAGAGGUGGGCUUAGUAGAGGAUUUACAGUGUACGAUGUUAAUUAGCCUAUAUACAGACGUUGCUUUAUUUUUCUUUCCGUUCAUUUCGAAAACAUAGGCAAGCUCAUGAGCAAAGGGAGCACACCCACUACUACCCCCUUGUGCUGGCAGUCAAUAAAUCCCCCACAGUUUAUAUUUUAUCACCUGCACUCGAUGGACUUUGAAGAGAAAAUAGAGGUUCUGUGAACAGGCUAAUGUUAGUAGACCGUUUUCACGAUGAGGGCAUUGGACUACAGCUACCAAAAUUCAAUUCGUUUUGCUUUUUUAUUUAAGUUUGUCAAUCCCACCAAGGUUUAAUGAAACAGUAGCCUUAAUUAACACAAUAAAACAACAAACUGAAGCAUUCUGGUAGUUGUAGUAUAAUGACGUCAUCGUCUAAUUGUCCUAUUAUUAAUAGUUUUUCAUAUAUUUUGAGCGUUUUGUUUUUCUAUCUAUUAUUAGUUUGUCCUAAAGCACAAGGAGUUUUCACAUCUUCGUGAAACAGAGCACUAUACCAAUUCAGUGUGCCCGAGCAAUAAGGGUGAGCCUGUGUAAUUUGUGGCAAAAUUUUAUUCCUACUGGUUAUCUUUUAUUUUAAAUAGCCUACCUUAACUUAUCUUUACCUUUGCAAAAAAUGCUUAGGUGGUGACUCUUAAAUUUCUUCAUGUAUUACUCAGAAGUCUUACUGCAUUUUACUAAUAUUUGGGUGGGUUUCACUUUUUUAGGGUCUGUUCCUAUGGUACUGGAACUCAUUGAUCAAGUUCUAGCUCUUCAUCCUGACAUUAAGUGGUUUCACGUUGGUGGAGAUGAAGUACUGUCAUUGAAUUCAUAUAGUGUUUCAUAAUACUGAUAUAAAUACAUGUUUAUAGCAUGCUCAUCUUUAUUUUGAAGCAUGUCGUUAUCCCCCCUCCUUUCCAUUUUUCACUCCUAUCCCAUCAAUCUUAACGCCGCAGGGGCCACCUAUCUAUGAAUAAAUUCAGAAGGCAAAAUUUUGCUUCUGCUACAACAUUUUAUACAGCUAUAUCUUGAGUUUUAGAGGCUAUUUAGAUAAAAUUUUACAGAGACAUUGUGCAAUGAUGGAAGUUUUAAAUGGGAGGGAACGGUUUUUUAUUUGGCAGAUCAUACUUUAUGGUGAUGCUUUAAGCCAAAGUUAUACCAAAUUGGGAAAUCGUGAUUUUGUGUCCAAGUUUGCGGAAAGAAUAGAAGACAGCAAUCUGUGAUUUUAUUCAUAAAUGAUCGGUCAAAAAACCUAUAAUGUUUGUCAUGUAUAGAGCAGAUUUUACAAUUUAAAGUUUGCCAGCAAAAUAUAAUUUAAAAAAAAAUAGAAUAUAAUUUGACUUUUCCGACAAUUUUGGGUCCAAGAAUUCAGUGCAGAUACAAAACUUCAUGAGCUGGAACUGAAAGAGGUAAACUUGGUAGACUGUGAGAGUCAUGUAUAGAACCGAAUUCUAAAAGAACGCUUUUAUAAAAAGAUAUAAGGCAUUAAUUUAAGGGAUGGCAGAUUUUGCUCUAAACAAUAUAUUGUUUAAAUAAGCAAAAUCUGCCAAUCAGAAGUAAAGUACGGACAAUAGUGAAGUUAGCACAUUUUUGCAUUCCAAUAUUUUCAUAGCUGUUGUUGGUUUCCUUCUUAUCUGGACCGUUACUUAAUCUAGUCAAUAUAAUAAUACUGUUUCAGGUGUGGAACCUUAAGACCUGCCCAGUUUGCAUAAAAGAUGAACGUAACAAAUCUCAGCUUUUUGUGCAUCACAUGACCCCAAUUCUGAAGCAUUUGCAAUCUAAGGAGAUCACCCCAAUAAUGUGGGAUGACAUGAUGAGAUGGUCGCCUGUUGAAUACUUGAAAGGUAUGCUUCUAUACAUAGCUUGCCCUUGUGCUUCCACUACAGCUCUCGAUAUAUCAUAAAUGUCCUGUAAAUCAGUAGUUUUUUGGUGUAACUGUUGCAGAUAAAUACCAUCACCAAGUGACAUACAGUCGAACCCCAUUAAUGCAGACACUGAGAGUGCCAUAGAAAGAGUCGGUAUUAACAGGGUGUCUGUGUAAAGUUGAAUUUAGAGAAAAUGUAAGGGCUUUACCCUGGCAAGGACAAAGAAAAGGGUCCGUAAUAAUAAGCUGUCUAUAUUAAGCGGGUGUCUGCAAAGCGGGGUUCGACUGUAAUACAAAAGACUGAAAAAAUAGUCUAAAUUUGAACGUUAAAGCAUCUUACCAAGAGACGUCUCAAAAAUUUAUGCUGAGCUGACAGCGACAUUUUCGUCCUAGAUAAACGGCGUCAGCCACGAUUUUUUCUAACCUACCAAGCGACAGGAAGUCUCAGAAAUGACCAACAAAGUGAUGGCAUCUCCCCCUUUCCCCUUCCCCCUUGAAAGGUUUCAUAACUGUAAAAGAAAGUAAACUACCUUAGCAAGUGAGACAGAGCCAUUCCAGUUCUGUCUGGUUCAAAGGCACAUUAAACUUGCCUACUCUAUUUACUUUCUCUGAUGCCCGGCCUGACAAAAUUCCAUAUAUCUGACCCCAUCUUUAAGACUACACGAGGUGAAGAAGAGAGCAAUGCUGUGUCGAAAUUGGCCCAAGUAGACUGCAAAAACCACAAUUCAAAAAUAAAUUUACUUAAAGAUCAUGUAGCGAUGAUUAUGAUCCCCGGUUAUGAUCCAAUCCCACAAACCCCAACACCGCCCUCAAUUUAAUGCUCUCUGCUAAUUUUGUAUUGAAUCAUAGAACUUGGUUCUCUGGUGGAACCCAUGGUUUGGGCUUACACAUCAGAUCUUACUGGAUACUUUCCUCCAGGUAAACCGUACUUUCUUGUGGUGAUCCUUUUGCAUGUUUGCUGUCUAUUUAGUUAAUAGGGUCUUUAAGAUCCAACCACCCGGGCGGCAAUGAGAACGUAAAAAACCAACAGGUUUUGUAUUAAAACAAAACAACAACUUUGCACGUGCAUCACGCUUGUUUGUACAUUUCUUUGCCCGUUUUUGCACGACCACCACGUAAAAAUGCCUAAUUUCGCGUUUUAUGGAGUAUGUUAACAAGCAACGACGAAAUUUUAUUUCUCUGUCUGAACUUGGACAUGGUCCCUAGGACUUCAACUUCAGGAGAGUUCACCUACAUUUGACAAAGUAAGUGGGUAGGAAUACUUGCGAUAGCGACUGAAAAAUGCAAAUUCACUUUUUAAACGACGUUGUCGUUGCCGUCGCGUCGUUAGAUCUUAAAGUCCCUAAUCUUGAGCCAUUUCCUUCCCUGGGUUGUCCUUUUUUGGUUGUACUCUAGACGAAAUAGAAAAGGAUACUUUAAACAGAAUAGCAAGGGAUCCUGCUGGUGGGGAAUCUUGACCCAACAAUUUUAACCUGAAAGCAAAGACCUUCUACCUUUUAUUGACAUAUUCUGCUUAACAGGCACGUGAGAAAUAUUGAAUACAAGAUAAGCAAUGCGCGCGAGAGAGUAGGACACGCAUGAGGUCUCGCGCGCGCCUACUUCUUUCUCGUGGAAAGCCCCGGCGGUCUUAUUUGCGCCCGAAAUUUCUCAUGUGCCUCGGCCUGCUAUGGUCGCCUUUACUUUCUCAAACUAAGCUUUAUAGUUGAAUGUGUGACUUAUACACCAGUUCUUACAGUAUAUAACCCUAUUUUGAAAGGUAUGUGGCAAAGAUAUGGAGAAGCAUUCAAGAAAGUUUGGGCGGCAAGUGCAUUUAAAGGUACAAUAUUAGUAUAUGUGUUUAGUUGUGGGCGUUUUUAAAAAGGAAUAACUGUUGUAGAAUUUUGAUAGUGCUUAUAGCUUUUUUUUGGUCCGAUUAUGAUUUUCCUUUAGACAUGUUAAUCGAAAAUCUCACUGCCGUUAUAGUCACAUAAAAAAUUAUUGUAGACGUCCGUUUGGCCAGUUACAUUUACAAAUAUCUUUUUUUUAGGUUCGGAUCAUUAGAAAAGUAAAGGGGAGAUAAAACAAAAAAAUUCAUACAAGUUAUGAGGAAGUUACUGGACUGGGUCUGCACAAUAUGUUGCCUGUGCUUUUGCUUGCUUCGAACGCGUAAACCAACCUUUUCUACAUUCAACUCGAACUGAAAACGCUUUAACUUAAACUUGAUUUCUUUGUAUAGGAGCAACACACCCCUGGAGUAAUUUUGUUCCUAUUGGUUUCCACGUGCAGAACAAUCUGAACUGGCUAAAGAUCAUAGACGAGCUACCUUCCACUCUGAAGGUGAAUGGAAUCGCGCUGACAGGCUGGAGCAGGUAACAGAUAGAACUUAUUACAAUGAAAUUUCCAUUGAUUGUAUCAAGAGAGAAUAACAAGACAGAGAUGGAAUCUUAGGGCUUUGGCUGAGUUAUGUGAAUUUCAAUUAAGUUAUUUUUAGAGCAGGGUUCGUACAGGUCACAGAAAACCUGGAAAGUCAGGGAAUUUAAGCAUUUCAUUUUCCAGGCCUGAAAAGUCAUGGAAUUUAAUACUCGGUCCUUGAAAGUCAUGUAAAAUUAAAGUUUUGUUUGAUAGUUUAGUUACAGCCGAUGACAAGGCAAGGACAAUGAUUGUAACAUAGGGAGAAGUGAUUGAACAGCGCGGACGGCGCGCAUUUUGGUGGACACCAGAGUUUGUCUGUUGAACUGUUAAAGGUCCAAAAAUACCCUAACACAAGGUGACAAAGUGUCAGCUAAACCUAAGGUCUUGGAAACUUAAAAAGAUCAUGGAAAGUCAUGGAAUUUGAAGAACCGUCAAAAGAGUACGAACCCUGUUAGUGGCUGAAAUUUUAAUUAAAAGAAAGCUUAAGCUCUCUUCAUCUUUAUCCUAUUGAUUAAAGGGAAGCUUAAUUUUAUAAAAGGAAGUCGGAACAUCGCGUCCGCACAUUUUUACUGAUUGUUUGAAGCAUUGUCAAGUCCACGCGCUACUGCCUCAAAGCAAACAAUGCAGAAUGUUUUAAUGACGGCUGCUGAAUUCUCCCUUGAUAACAGUGAAUAUUAAGUUUUCGGACCUCUCCGGAAGCAAACUUCCGAUUAAUUUCAUGCGUUUAAUUGGUCUAAUAAUAACUUUGGUGAAAUUCACAUAUGACGAGGGCUAGACUGGGCGUCUCCCUCUCCAUCCCUGCUUAGUUUGGGUUUAUCAGAGUUACUAGGCUGAUUUAGCAACAGAACGAGAACGUCAGAUGACGACGGCACGCGCAAAUCAAACGUUUGGCGACAAGAAUGGUGACAACUGGCUUGACCAAUGGCAGAGUGGCAAAUUGGGCACCAGAAGUCGCGUUUAGUGCUUUCCGAGCGCCUUCCCGUCGUCAACUGACGUUGCCGUUCUGUUGCUAAAUCAGCGUACUUUACUAUUACCGUGUCUGCCGUAUUUGCUCUAAUGAAUAGUAAUAUUCUUUACCUUUAUUAAACCAGAUUUGAUCACUAUGCUACAUUAUGCGAACUUCUUCCGGCCGCUCUUCCCUCGUUAGCUUACUGCUUAGAGGCGUUAAACCAAGGUAAGACUUUUUCGUACAUUCAGCAGGAAAAGGUAGAGACUAGGCUCGAUUUCCACCGCUUUCUCGGGUCUGGUCUCCCUAGGAGCGCAGGCUUGUUUCCCGAUCUGUGGCUGGUAAUCGAGCCAACAACAGGUAGAGUCUGACAGCGGUAUGAUCAUUGUUUCCUACUACAUGUUCGUGGAUUACUCAUCGCACAACAACUUCUUCCUCACAACUUUUAUGUAGAAAUGACACCAGUGUCAUUUAAUUCCCGACUUAUUUAUUUAUUCAUUCAUUUUAAAAGCCUUACGGGAGUCCAUGAUCUUGCGGCUCGUGGUUCUUCUAGCCUGCGAAAACAUCCAUUUCUCCUCGCUCUUCGCCGCUGGGGACGUUUCGCGGGGAGAAACGUCUGCGACUCAGCGACAGAAAAUCCAUACUGAUGACGUAAAAUCUGUCCGGAAUCCGGUCAGAAGCACUGAUUGGUCGACCGAGUAGUUGCAUUGUUUUAGCUAUUGUUUACGAAUGACAGACAAGAGACAAAAGGCCACAAAGGUCAAAUGUAGACGCGAAGAAUCUCUAACAAAACAGUCAAUAUUUGUGGAAUAUAGUCUUCUCUGGAAGAAGCAUUUGAGUUUCGCUGGAGCUUGUUGGCAGAUGAACACAACACUUUACCAAAAUCGACCAGAAGACACGUAAAAUUGGACAAAUUUAUGUUUGGAACCCCAUAGCUACUGGAUUUAUUAUGUAAACAUUGAUUUGCGUCAUCAGUAUGGAAUUUCUGUCGCUGAGUCGCGGACGUUUCUCCGCGCGAAACGUCCCCAUCGGCGAAGAACGAGGAGAAACGAAUGUUUUCGCAGGCAAUGGUUCUACUUGCGUCUUGAAAAUUUUGUUAUGUCACUUUUACGAGGAGUGGACAGUCGGAGGCUUGUCAAUUUGUUAAUGAUUUCCAUCCACUUUUUUCUUAGGAUACAUGGAUGAAGAACUAAGAAAAUCAACAGCAAAGAAACUUGGUCUGCCCGAAACCUUCCCUCUCAAUGUAAUGAGAUUUAAUAUGUGAGUAUAAUACAGAGCAAAAAGUCUCAUUUUACCCAUAUGAGAUAAAUACCGGUGUGGAGAUCGUUUUUAUCCAAGUGGUCAGCAGCUGUGCGAUAGACCUCUCAUUAUUGACGACACAUCCGCCAUCUUUGCACGCGCUCAAGGACUGAUGGGCUGAAAAAAGAUGUCACGUGGUUCGUCAGUGGGGCAAACAAGUAUUACAAUUUGCAACGAAGAAAUCGCGGUGGAGUUUGUUUAUUCAGGACAAGGGGAAAUGAAGAACUUUUUAUCUUUUAAGCACUAUAAUUGCAAAUUAUGACUGGGGUGAACUAUCAUUGUUACUUUUUCAGAUGCAGUAGUGACCUUAAAUGUCCUCACAGCGAGUAAUAAUGAAGCAGAAAAACUUGUCGAAACUCGAACUGUACAUUUUGCGUGACUAUAAUAUUAAAUUGUGGUCUCGUUUUGAGAGAAUAAUCCAACUGUACCGCGUUUACUUGUAUUGGCAAAUCUUAUCAGUUGUUUGCCCCUGCCCCUGAAAUACCACGUGACAUAACGUUUACCUGUCAAUCCUAAAGCGCGUGAAAAGAUGGCGGGUAUCGUGAAUAAGGUCUAUUUAGGGAACCCCAGAAAAAGGUUUUUGCUUUUUGUCAGUACUCACUGGACUACAGCUUGGACUGGACAUGGCCGCCGUUUCAUUGCUUUGAUCCACCAAUAUGGCCGCCGUGACGUCACGUGAAAUUGAUCUUUAAUGCAUUGUAACACUAACAGCAAUCGCCGAAUGAACUAAAAGUAUGGAGCUAACACUAAGCCAGAACACUAAGCUUACUUAUGCAAAGCAAAAGCUAUGCAUGGAGAUAGUCUAAGAAUUUUCGACAGUUUAUUUCCCGUGACUUGAUUGCUUAGAUAUCGUAGUUAUUCCAAGUUUUUUUUGUCAGUUAGUUUACAGUUUCAUCCAUCUAUCAAGCUGCUUGUUUGUUUGUUUGUUUCUUUGUUUGUUUGUGUAGGUAUCACCCACCUGACGGAAGCUUUCCAGGUCAGGAAAUUUUCAAACUGGUGGGCCAGCUGAAGAAGGCAUUGUAUAAAACACAAGGUGUGAGCAACAUGUGAGUAGAGGCAGUGGUUUACUGUUUAGGGCUUGGCUCGGUGCACGUCUGGUCUGUAUCUACAUCUACAUAAGAGGACGUCCUGCAACGGGGAAAACCCAUUACUGCAUGACGUAACAAAGAACAGAUAAGAACCUAUUGAAUUAUUGGAUAUAACUAAAUGAUUUUGAAAUUGAGGUAAAUAUAGGUAAAAGAUUCAAAAAAAGAAGAAUUAAAAAUGUUUUAUGCUCGAUGAAAUUUGAUUAUUCUUGUUUUCUGAAAUACGUCUUUGCUGUAAAAGAGGCGCAGUAAUGACACCAGGUAUAACGUAAACGAGAAAAACCUAAAAACUGAAAGUCGCGCCCUCGUAAACUACGUGUAGAGACGCAUGUACAUUUUUAAUAGAAGAAAGAAAAUAAGCCGUUUUGUGUCGGUUCCCACAAAACUUCAAAGUGAUCAAUCGAAGUUGUGGAGGAGCUUAAACCUGGACGAUAAUUAAGGUAAAGGUAAACUGUUGUUGACUCAUGACUGACCAUCCUAAGGCCGACUGCAUACUCAUUUUAUCCGCCUUUCUCCAUCAGUACUCCGAUUUACGGGCAUUUUUUUAAAGCUUUCUAAAGCUACACUGAAAGGACAGAAGUCGAAACAAGGAUUUGAGGUCACACCUGGGAAUCGAACCGGGACCGCCCGCACGGAAGACCGCGCACUAACUGACUUUGCUAAUUCUUGUUCAUACAAAGCUAAAGCAUCAUUUGACUUCAAAUUCUUGUUUUUAAAAAAACGUAGCCUGCGAAAACAGCCGUUUCUACUCGCUCCUCGCCGCUGGGGACGUUUCGCCAGGAGGAACGUCUGUGACUCAGCGACAUAAAUUCCAUACUUAUGUAGUGAAUCAAUGUUUACAUUAAUAAAUCGUUUUUCCUGGUCGAUUUUGGUGAAGUGUUGUGUUCAACUUCGAAGGAGCUCCAGCAAAACUCAAAUGCUUCUUCUAGAGAAGAAUAUAUUCCACAAAUAGUGACUGUUUUGUUUUAAAUUCAUCGCGUUUACGUUUCACCUUUGUAGCCUUUUGUCUUUUGUCUGUCAUUCGUAAACAAUAGCUAAAACAAUGUGACUACUCCGUUGUCCAAUCAGUGCUAAUGACUGGAUUCCGGACAGAUUUACGUCAUAAGUAUGGAAUAUCUGUCGCCGAGUCGCAGACGUUCCUCCUCGCGAAACGUCCCCAGCGGCGAGAAGCGAGAAGAAUCGGCUGUUUUCACAGGCUAUAAAAACCGCUACUCGGAGAUAAUUAAUUCAUCUCUUUUUUUUACAAUGCCAACCUCGACAGCUACUUCAUACUCGCCUGCGGUAGACUGGGGUUUUCCUUCUUUCCUUCAGUUUACAGUUAUUCAGACAACCAAAAAUCAUCUAGUAGCAGAAGCAAACGGCUCAUGUCUGCCUCAAAAAAGAUGCACUGUAAACUCAUAAUUCGCUCUUUCCUUUUGUUAUUCGUUCCCUUCAGAGAGCAAGGCUGGGUAUUAGAACGUCAAGUUGAAAGCAAGUUUUUAAAUUACUAUCAUCUGUCAAGUGCGAUAAACAGGACCAUCCAGUAAGUUACCUGGAAUUUGUUGUAUUGUUUUAUUAUUGUUAUUAUUAUUUUUAUGAAUAUUAUUAUUAUUAUUAUUAUUCAUUAUUAUUAUGUAAAAUUUAGCACAGGGAUUUUCCCUGGGAGAAAUAUCCAGUCAAGUCUGAUCCCGAGACCUCAGACUUCCAGCACCUUUCUGAGGAUAUGUGCCGAUCCGAGGAGUGCCGACUUUUGCAUCGUUCUUGUUCGGUUUUUAAUUCCUAGUUCCUCCAAGUGGCCUGCCAGCUUCUUUGACACUGAACCCAAUGCACCUACAACCACUGGCAUCACUUUUGUCCUUGAUUUCCAGAUCCUUUGAAUCUCUCUUGCCAGGUCUUGGUACUUUUCACACUUUACAGUUUCUUUCUGCAGAAUUAUUAUUAUUAUUAUUGUUAUUAUUAUUAUUAUUAUUAUUAUUAUUAUUAUUAUUAUUAUUAUUAUAUAUUAUCAUUAUUAGUAGUAGUAGUAUAGGUAAUAGCAUGAUUAGUAGUGAUAUUUCGCAUAAAUACCACGAGUGAUAUUUCGAAAUUGUUAUACGUAAUUGAGACAAUUUGAGACAAUUUUGAAAUAUCACGAGUGGUAUUUGUGCCAAAUAUCACGAACAAAUCAUGCUAUUAUUUGUUUAUGCUACUACCCACAAAAGGUUUGUAAUUUUCACAUGUAGGUAUUUCAAAUUAAGCUGAAAUACCACUGCUCUAAGCCAAUCAGGGGAGCAAGGGUGGCGCAGUGGUGAGAGCGCUCGCCUCCCACCAAUGUGGCCCGGGCUCAAACCCCGGUGUCGACAUGUGGGUUGACUUUGUUGUUGGUUCUCUGCCUUGCUCCGAGAGGUUUUUCUCCGGGUACCCCGGUUUUCCCCUCUCCCCAAAAACCAACACUUCCAAAUUCCAAUUCGAUCCGGAACGCACGGACACUGAAAAACGAGCUCUUAAGCUCUUAGGUGCUUCGUGGGUAAAUAAAUUACAUUUACAUUUUUUUUUUGCAAAUUGCAGAAAUUUCUCAUGUAGUAGUAUAAUCAUCAUUAUUAUUAUAGGCAGUUUAAAACGUCUGGAUGCCAGACCCAACUUAAAAUCACGAAGGUUAUAGGCGGCAAACCGUGAUUAACCUUUGUGUUUUCUAAAAAAAUAGAAAUGAUAAAUUAAUUGAUUGAUUAAAAUGUCAAUAUAUGUGUUACAUUACUUGUAAAAUUUGUUAGCUAAAAUAAAUAUAUCUGUUAAUGAUAUAUGAAAUAAAUCAUAUAUGAACUGCUUAAAUGAAGUGAAACGAUUAUUUCUUCAUUUUCAUUUCAUUUCCGCAGGUCAUAUAUGAUUUAUUUCAUAUAUCAUUAACACUCAUUUCAGUCUUUCACGGGAACAUAUGAACCCACAAUUGACCUGCUCCCAACGUCAAUGGCUUCAUAGCUCAGUUGGUAGAGUAUCGCACCGGUAAUCGCAAUUGCAUAAAUUGCGUUCACUGCGACGAUCAUUUCUUCAUUUUCAUAAAAUAAAUGUAUCUAUAAACAAUAAAAUUAAAAUCAUCUAAUAUUCUAGUAUUUUUUAAUUAUUAUUAUUAUUAUUAUUUCUUUAUUUCUUAUCUUAAAGCCUUUCCCUUUUGCCCUCUAUUUCAGUGGCUUAGAGAUCCUAACUGCUGUAGGGAAAGAGGCAGAUAGAGUCCUAUCUGACGUGUACGAUGACCAUGUGGUUAAGGAAUGGAUGAGGGAUAAAAUAGAUAACAUCAUCAAACAUCUAAAUAACGAGAAAACGCGACUUGAAGAGCUCCUAAAAGUUGCUGCUCAAAGUGGAGAAAAGGAAGUUUGAUAACCAACAGCGCAUAUUUAACUGUUUCGCUUGAUAGCGAAUCUUCGAGUAAAGAGAGAAAGAGGAGGAGAUCUUUAAGAUAUUUGAUACCUGCAAGAAAAAAGCUAAAAGAACUGUUUUGACAAGAUUAGAAGAUAUUAGUCAGGAACCUGGAGAUAAAUCCUAACCUUCUAAGAUGCGGCAAAGCUAAACAAUUGAUCCUAUACCGUGGAUGAACGUGUUGAUUUGAAGUGCUUUACUGAUCGCGGUGGAUUAAUGCUUACUCGAAUAUAAACUGCCAAUCGCAGUACGCUGCUAAAUGAAAAUCAACCAAUCAGAUUUCAAGGUGAAUACUGGCAGCCGCCGCCAUGCGCGGGAGAAAAUGCGCCUCAUCAGGUCAUUGGCUUCUUAUUGGUUUGGAAAGUGGCACGAGAUUUUUCAGCCAAUCACAGAUUGAAGCAAUCACGAGAUUACUUUCUACAAGUGGUUAAAGCAAAACACAGUACUAGACUGUGUACUUGUGCCCCUCAGAGUCACCUAUGGAAAGUGAGGCACAGCAGUUCUAACUUUUGAGUCUGUGCCGGAUGAACCCCUGACCUGAUUUUUAAGAUGAAACCAUUUUCGCAUUGCUGCCCCAUCCUACCAUGUGAUUGCUGGUAUUCAAUUUAAUCCUUUAAGUCCCAAUGAAGUAUUUUGUCUAACGUCAAUUUUUUUCUUUUCAUCUGUUAACGAUAUCCAUACGAUGUCUGGAGUCAAAAGUUAAAAAGAUUAUACCAUUUUGUAGAUGUUAUGAGAACAAAUAAAAUGAUCACCUGAAAAGGGAAAAUGCGAUGUCAAGAGAUUAGGUUAUGAGAAUUAAUAAAAUGAUCACCUAAGGGAAAAUGCCUUGAUCUUUUAUCAAAUUCUCUCAACUUAUUCUUGAAGGAAAUGUAUGGAGAUCAGUUUGGAGAAUUUGUAUGUGGAUAUUGGGGCCGAAAGGGUUAAAAGACUAAUAGAGAGCUGUAUAACAUUACGUAACCAUUCAAAAAUGGGUAAUAUGUGUAUUUUGUAACAAUUUUCAAUAAGUCAAAGGCUAUUAAUAUUCUAUUACAUGCAAAUUACAUACAAAAGAGCAUUUAUGAGGUACUAGAAAGCGAUUUUUUAAG